AUGGCUAUGAGGUUCCGCCAGGUAAUUGGUAGCCUGAAGCAUGGAAGAGGGUCUCUGAUCAGAAGAAUCUCCCUUAUUGGAAGCUGCAUUCUGCUAAUAUACCUCGUCAUAACAAGCAGUACGCAAGCCGCUUCAAUCGCAGUAUCUUCCAAGGGUAGGAGCUCACAAAUAAGUACUGCAGGAUCAGUCGGAAGAGACGCCAAAGAUUCAUCUCCCUUCCGUUGGAUCGAAAACCGUCGAAGAAAAGCACUUAGGAAGGCGGCUACAGCCGAAGGUUUACUCGCCAGCUUCUGGCGAUUUUUCUCAGUGAAUGCGAAUGGAAUAGAGGAUAGCGAACAGCAGUUGUUGGUUAAUUGGGAAAACGCCCCACUUGCUGACAAGUGCAGGUACAUGAUCGAUGCCACAUAUACGAUGGACAAGGGCUGGUCAAACCAUAUGAUCGUUGAUUUUUAUGCCAACGAAGAAGUAGACGACUUGCUAGCUUCCUUGUUAGGCGAAAGGUUACGGUUGUUCGACUACUGUUUUAUCGCCGGAGGGCUCUCUAUGCGGAAAGUAUUCGAAAUAGAAAGCUUGAUCGACCCAGAUAAUAAGAGCAACAGUUCUCCCGAAGAUUUCGUCAAGCGAGUUUUCCCAUUUCUCAGGCAAGCAGGCGAUCAGACCAGUGAUCCGAUGUGGCCGGAGGUCAUAGACUUGACAAGCGGUGAAAAGGAGCCCGUUCCUGAAUUGCCUGAUGAAUUUAGCAGGGACUUCUGGCUUAAUUGGCAAACUAUUGCUAAAGAUAAAGGAAUAGUUGUCACUCUAAAUGAGGCAAGCAAGAAUCUUUUCUACAAGCAAUUGAAGGUCUUGGAGCACAAUGGCAACCGUCUGCCUAUUCAAAUUAUCACCUCUGGAAAUGAGUUUUCUGCUGAUUUCAGAAAAGAAUUGCAGGAGACAGUCGAGAUUUCAAGUCAGCAGGUUUACCUAAUCAACUGCUCGCCACUUCUGGAUGCGUCUUUCGCGAAGAAGAAUAUUGUGAAUGUCAUAAAUAAAUGGCUCGCCGUAAUUUUCAACACUUUCGAGGAAGCUGUUCUGCUGGAUGUUGACGCCGUUCCUUUCGUUCCAAUUGAACGUUUCUUACAGGAUAAAAGCUACAAAGAAAGCGGGAUUCUAAUGUACAAAGAUCGUUUCAUGCCCGAGGAACGCACAUUUCAAUAUUGCGUCGAUAUGUUAAAGGAUGUGGAACCCUCGUGGCAAGAGAAGAACUUGAUCAAGAGCAAGAUUAAAUACCGCUCGGACUUCACAGAUUUUGAUGAAUCUGAAGAAGCUGCUGUUUUUCAGAGAUUUUCUCACGACCUUCUGCUGCAUCACGUCGAUAGUGGACUCGUGGUGAUCAACAAGGUGAGAAAUCUCAAUGGCCUACUGUUUUCAUUCAUGCUAAAUCUUGACGCGAAGAUGAAAAGAUGCGUUUAUGGGGAUAAAGAGAUGUUUUGGCUCGGACAGUUAUAUGCCGGUCAGAACUAUAGUAUCUAUCCGGUCGAUGGGGCUAUUAUCGGACCAGUGAGAGAAUCAGUUGAAAAAGAUAGUGCCAUCUAUCAAAUUUGUGCCUCGCAAAUUGCACACUCUGAUGAGUCGCAAGAUUUACUGUGGACAAACGGUGGUUUGAAAACCUGUAAGCGGAAUCAUGGUGCGGAACUGGAUUUUGAGAAUGAUCCCAAAUAUUUCAAAGAGAGAUACGGGGAUCUCGCUACGUUGCAAAAUAUCUAUAACGCUCCCCUGAACCUCGAAGGAAUGAUCAUCCCGAAAACUCAGGAACGGUGGAUCCAAUUGGAGGAAUGCUCGGGUUAUAUAUACUGUGCUACUGCGAUGGAAGAGAAGCCAGUCUCAAAUUCUCAGCAAUCAGUCUCCGGUCAUAUUUCCAUAUUUGAUGAACCCACCUUAAAAAAGUACAACUCAGUUCUGUCAAUAUGGAACGAAUCCUGA